CCCCCUGCGCCCGACCCCCUGCGCCCGGCCCCCUGCGCCUGCUAUAAAAGGAGCAAGCCGGGUUUGGACUUCUGCAGCGCUCCUUCGUUUGCACCUGUUGCUUCGGGUCGCCAGCUUCAGUCGGAGAUGGAUCCCAACUGCUCCUGCGCCACUGGUGACUCCUGCACGUGUUCCGGCUCCUGCAAAUGCAAAGAGUGCAGGUGCACCUCCUGCAAGAAGAGCUGCUGCUCCUGCUGCCCCGUGGGCUGUGCCAAGUGUGCCCAGGGAUGCAUCUGCAAAGGGGCAGUGGACAAGUGCAGCUGCUGCGCCUGAGGUGGGGAGAGUCUCGUGUCCACGUGUGCAUAGAGUGACCUGUGAAAACCUGGAUUUUUGUUUGUUUUUUACACUUCUCACCCAUUUACAUAAAAUAUCUCAUUUCAUUUAAAUGCAUAUGGAAUUUGACAAUAAAUUAUUUUGACUUCA